AGCAUCCUACCUCUCUAAAUGAUCUGUGAUCCAGAUCUUGUCUCUGUAAUCCCUCUAAUGCUUUAUAAACCCACUGUCACAAAGACCUAAAGGAUACAGUCACCUCUUAAACCAGAUCUGAAAUAUUGAAACACCAACCCUGCGCGCAAUAGACAGAUUUCUAUUUGAGGACAUGACAACGAGGUAAUAAUGGACACUAGUAACUGAAAAAAACUUAUAUUUAAUGUAUUUGUUUAUCACGUAAAAAACGUUGUACCAAACAUACCAACAUCAUUUUGGAACAAAACAAAUUUGCUUAGUACGAAAUGAUUUCUUAUUACGUUGUUUUCUUACUUUUUUCUUUCUUUUUCUCAUAAAAAAUCUACAAAGUAUGUAUUGUGGUAAAACUGCAGUGGAAAAGGUGUCUUGCAGUUUUUUUGCGAAUGGUGACAGAUAACCGGGUGUUUAAUCUGCUCGCAGCCCUCGGCAGAUUAGAUGCGCGCUUCCAUCAAAGCUCCGGCACAAGAUUAAAUCAUUUCCUCGGUGUACCAAAAACCAAAGACGUUGUCGAGGUCGGCUGCUGGCAGAUUUGAAGUUAAUCUUCACAACGGAUCCGUGUUUGCGGAUCAGAGACUCGACUGUGUCCUCAAUUGAGAGCGCGCACUGAUGAAGGAACGUGCGCUCCCGGUGCGCUCCGGGCUCUUUCCUGCGCGUCCGGCUCCCAUCAGCACCAUCAUGUCCUGAAAUCACCCGGGAAGGGAUGCAUUUUCAUUUUGACUUUUUAGGAAAGCAUUGACCAAUUAGCGCGUGGAUAUAUGGAAUGGGUGCGCGAAUAGGGAUCUUUGACUCCCGCCGGUACGAGUGAGUGGAAAGAUGCUGCUCGGAUGGAAAUUAUUCCCGUAUGGUUGCAGUUUUGGCAAAUGAAAAGAAGAAGCAUAUGGACGUUAAAUGUUCCUCCUGCAGGUGUAUCAUGGCGAAGAAGAGAGCUGUUUGCUUUGUACUGCUGUGUUUCAUGACAGAGUUGAGUCUGAGCGCGCAGCAGGUCUUGAGAAUUGGAGGCAUUUUUGAGACUCUUGAGAAUGAACCAAUCAGCGUCGAGGAACUUGCCUUCAAAUUUGCUGUUACCAACAUAAACAGGAACAGAACUUUAAUGCCCAACACCACGCUGACCUACGACAUCCAGAGAAUCAACCUGUUUGACAGCUUUGAGGCCUCCAGACGAGCGUGUGAUCAGCUGGCUCUGGGUGUGGCCGCAGUGUUCGGACCCUCUCACAGUUCCUCAGUCAGUGCGGUUCAGUCCAUCUGUAACGCUCUGGAGGUUCCUCACAUCCAGACUCGAUGGAAACACCCGUCUGUGGACAACAAAGACAGCUUCUACAUCAACCUGUACCCAGAUUACGCCUCCAUCAGCCGGGCCGUGCUCGAUAUCGUCCAGUUUUACAAGUGGAAAGCCCUGACUGUGGUUUAUGAAGAUGCAACAGGGCUGAUUCGUCUUCAAGAGCUGAUCAAGGCUCCGUCACGAUACAGUAUCAAGAUUAAAAUCCGUCAGUUGCCGACCGGCAGUAAAGAUGCCCGGCCGCUGCUGAAAGAGAUGAAGAAGGGAAAAGAGUUUUGUGUGAUCUUUGACUGCUCGUAUCAGACCGCGGCUGACGUCCUCAAGCAGCUGUUGUCUAUGGGCAUGAUGACAGAAUAUUAUCAUUUCUUCUUCACUACUCUGGACCUGUUUGCGUUGGACCUGGAGCCGUACCGUUACAGCGGGGUGAACAUGACGGGUUUCCGUUUGUUGAACAUCGACCGUCCUCAGGUGGCGUCAGUGGUGGAGAAAUGGUCCAUGGAGCGACUGCAGGCUCCGCCAAAACCUGAGACCGGCCUGCUGGACGGAAUGAUGACAACAGAAGCGGCGUUGAUGUAUGAUGCUGUAUAUAUGGUUGCUGCCGCAUCUCAGCGAGCGUCUCAGGUCACAGUGAGUUCUCUUCAAUGCCACAGACACAAACCCUGGCGCUUCGGCUCACGCUUCAUCAGCAUGUUCAAAGAGGCUCAGUGGAAUGGACUGACGGGACAGAUCAUCAUAAACAAGACAGACGGACUGAGGAAAGACUUUGAUCUGGAUGUCAUCAGUCUGAAAGAGGAUGGGAUAGAAAAGAUCGGCGUGUGGAACUCGAUCACAGGCCUUAACCUGACAGACAGCAACAAAGACAAAAACACCAAUGUGACGGACUCCAUGGCCAACCGGACGCUCAUCGUCACAACUAUUCUGGAAAACCCGUAUGUGAUGCAUAAGAAGUCUGAUAAGCCUCUGUAUGGAAACGAUCGGUUUGAAGGCUACUGUCUGGAUCUGCUGAAAGAGUUAUCCAACAUCCUGGGCUUUUCCUACGAGGUCAAACUCGUGACUGAUGGAAAAUACGGAGCUCAGAAUGAUAAAGGAGAGUGGAAUGGUAUGGUCAGGGAACUGAUAGAUCAUGUGGCAGAUUUGGCCGUGGCUCCGCUCACCAUCACUUACGUGAGAGAGAAAGUCAUUGACUUCUCAAAGCCGUUUAUGACUUUGGGAAUCUCCAUUCUCUAUCACAAACCUAACGGGACAAAUCCAGGUGUGUUCUCGUUCCUGAACCCUCUGUCUCCAGACAUCUGGAUGUACGUGCUGCUGGCCUGCCUCGGGGUCAGCUGCGUUCUCUUCGUCAUUGCCAGGUUUACACCGUAUGAAUGGUACAACCCUCAUCCCUGCAACCCAGAUUCUGAUGUAGUCGAGAACAACUUCACUUUAAUAAACAGUGUUUGGUUUGGAGUUGGAGCCCUGAUGCAGCAAGGAUCGGAGCUGAUGCCCAAAGCUUUAUCCACCAGGAUUGUUGGAGGCAUCUGGUGGUUCUUCACUCUCAUCAUCAUCUCAUCAUACACAGCUAACCUGGCCGCCUUCCUCACUGUGGAGAGAAUGGACUCGCCUAUAGACUCGGCCGAUGAUCUGGCCAAACAGACCAAGAUAGAGUACGGCGCUGUGAGGGACGGCUCCACCAUGACCUUCUUUAAGAAAUCCAAAAUCUCCACCUAUGAGAAGAUGUGGGCGUUCAUGAGCAGCCGUAAGAACACGGCUCUGGUGAAGAAUAACCGCGAGGGGAUCCAGCGUGUGUUGACCACUGACUACGCUUUACUGAUGGAGUCCACCAGCAUUGAAUACAUCAGUCAGAGAAACUGUAACCUCACACAGAUCGGAGGACUCAUCGACUCAAAGGGCUACGGCGUGGGCACUCCUAUCGGUUCACCGUACAGAGAUAAGGUGACCAUCGCUAUCCUGCAGUUACAGGAAGAAGGGAAGCUUCACAUGAUGAAGGAGAAGUGGUGGAGAGGAAACGGUUGUCCUGAGGAGGACAGUAAAGAGGCCAGCGCUCUGGGUGUGGAGAACAUCGGAGGAAUCUUCAUCGUGCUGGCGGCCGGACUCGUCUUGUCUGUGUUUGUGGCGAUCGGGGAGUUUAUCUACAGGUCCAGGAAGAAUCUGGACAUCGAGGAGGUGAGCGUGGGACAGUGCGAAUGGCACAACAAGUACUGAGGGGACAUCUCAGACCCUUGUUUGCCCACCAGAGGAUUUUUCAUCCUCAAUGCAUCCAAGCUCAGGCACACGCUGAAGGAACUUUGCUUGGGAUGUUGUGUGAUCACCUCUGCUGUGCUGGGACGACAGUUUUACAAAGUUGCUAACAACAUUUUUACCUUUUCAUUCAGGUUUAUUUCAGAUCUGAACGAACUAUGACUUCAUAUAUCUGUGUCAUUGAAAUGUUUUGAGAAAGAAGAACCGAUGUUUCAAACAGGACUGCUGUAUUGUAGAUUAGAUCAUUGUCAUGUAGAUUGUAGAUUUUAAAGACUUGAACUUUUUUCUUUACAGAUAUAGUCCCUCCUAAUCUAAUUUAUAUGACGUGGAUAUGAGUUUUCAUAAAGGUGCUGUGUGCCAUAAUUUGGGAUGUUUAAAAACGUUCUCCUGUUCUAGUUUAGUGAACACAGACUGAAGUUACACACUUCACCUUUCAAAGCUCGUCUCCAUUGUCUGCGCCUUUGUUUUAAACUUCUUGGUUUUUGAAGACUGUUAUUAAAUUUUGUCUUAAAGCUCAAUGUUUAUCUGAACCCUGUACUUUUAACAAUAAAACAUGUUUAU